AUGGGUUUGCACAGCAAAGAAGAUGAGGAGCCUCACCCAGGAGCUCUCCAUAUCGAGCACGAUGCCUCGGUUACCGACGCCAUCAAGGCUGUUGAGCAUCGCGACCUUGAACGCAUCGAAGAGACCCAGCCCGGCGCGUUUGUUUGGCUCUGUGCUGCUGCCACUGCAAUCGGCGGUAUGCUCUUUGGCUACGACACUGGUGUCAUCUCAGGCGUUCUUGUGGUUCUCGGCACGGACCUCGACGGGAGAGAAGUCACUCAUUCCGAAAAAGAGUUGAUCACAGCUCUUACGGCCGCCGGGGCUUUCAUCGGAGCCAUCAUUGCCGGUGUCACCGCGGACAAGUACGGACGAAAGCCGGCCAUCUGGUUCGCGUCGGUGUUGUUCACUCUUGGCGCUCUUAUCCAAGCCACGUCUUAUACCGUUGCUCAGAUGUCGGUCGGCCGACUGGUCAUUGGCUUAGGAGUUGGCUCGGCCUCCAUGAUCGUACCUCUCUACAUCGCGGAAAUCUCCCCCGCAAGAUUCCGAGGCAGGAUGAUCUCAGUCGACAUGAUCUUCCUCGGCAGCGGAUCCGUUCUUGCAUAUGCCUUUGCAGCUGCCUUCUACUCGACACCACAUGGAUGGAGAUACAUGGUCGGUAUCGGUGGAAUUCCUUCCAUCAUACUCGGAGUUCUGUUGUUUUGGUGUCCGGAGUCACCUCGUCAGCUGAUGUUCCACGGUCGGCGCGACGAGUGUGUCAAAGUACUACGACGAAUCUACCCCAAAGGAACCGAAGACGAGAUUGCGGACAAGGUCACUUCAAUCGAACGUGGAGUCAAUCAGGCCAAGGCUCUCAACGAAGAGAUAUCCCUUCGGAAAUCUGUCACAAGCCUUUGGACCGUUCCCGCCAACCUGCGGGCUGCUAUCUGCGCCUGUGGUUUAAUGGCCGCUCAGCAGCUGUGUGGGUUCAACACGCUGAUGUAUUAUUCCAGCACCCUGUUCGAAAUAGUUGGCUUCUCAAACCCCAUCGCCGUCGGAACCGUCGUCGCAGGGACGAACUUCAUCUUCACGGUGCUUUCCAUCUUUCUAAUCGACAGGGUCGGUCGCCGCAGACUGUUGAUCUGGACUAUGUGGGGAAUGCCCGUUUGUCUUGUCGUCGCAGCCAUCGCAUUCCACUGGAUUCCACUCGAUAUCAACACGCUGAAGCUUACCACCCAGGAGGUAGGCUGGCCUGCAAUUCUGGUCUUGGUCGCCAUGAUUAUGUUCGUUGCCUUUUAUGCUGCUGGUUUGGGGUGUGUUCCGUGGCAGGCCAACGAGUUCCUCCCCAUGGAAGUAAGAGCGAUUGGGACAACGGCGAUCAACAUCUUCAACUGGGGUCCCAACAUCAUUGUCUCUUCAACGUUCCUUUCCAUGAUGCGCGGUAUGACACCGUCCGGAACGUUCGGGUUUUACGCCGGAUUGUCGUUUCUCGGCUGGGUAUUUGUCAUAUUCUGCUUCCCCGAAGCAGCUAAUAUGACUCUUGAGGAGGUGCGGGUGGUGUUUGAACAUGGGUUUGGUGUUAGGUACGCGGAGGAGUGGCGGAAGCAGAGGAAGCUGGACAUGCAAGCCCGGAGAGAAGGAGAGGCCGCAUGA